AUGGACGAGCACCUCAGCCUCCUUCACUCGCCUCCUCCGUCCUCCACUAGACACCGGACCAACAGCAACAUCGUGAACCCGGGUUACACGGAGGUGGAGCAAGAGAUCAUGACUGUGGUAGCCUGCGAUAACAUCUUGGAGGAGGCGGCUGCCCUGCCGGGUCACCACUCGUCUGAGGUUUACGAGCAGGACGACCACGAGUGCUGUGAGCGGGUGGUCAUCAACAUCUCUGGACUUCGGUUUGAGACUCAGCUAAAGACUUUAGCUCAGUUUCCUGACACUCUUUUGGGUGACCCCAAGAAAAGGAUGAGAUACUUUGAUCCCCUAAGGAAUGAAUACUUCUUUGACAGGAACAGACCCAGCUUCGAUGCCAUUCUGUACUACUACCAAUCCGGGGGCAGAAUAAGGAGACCUGUUAAUGUCCCCAUCGAUAUAUUUUCUGAAGAGAUACGCUUCUAUGAAUUAGGGGAAGAAGCUAUGGAGAAGUUCAGAGAGGAUGAAGGUUUUAUUAAGGAAGAGGAGCGUCCUCUGCCUUCCAAUGAGUUUCAGAGACAGGUAUGGCUGCUAUUUGAGUACCCUGAAAGCUCGGGACCAGCCAGAGGCAUUGCUAUAGUGUCAGUCCUUGUCAUCCUUAUCUCCAUUGUAAUAUUUUGCCUGGAAACUUUGCCAGAGUUCAGAGACGACAAGGAAUAUAAUGGACCGGUGCUCCAUGUACUCAAUAGCACCGGACCUUACCUGACCAGUUCUUUUACUGACCCGUUUUUCGUGGUGGAGACCCUGUGUAUUAUCUGGUUCUCAUUUGAGUUACUGGUCAGGUUUUUUGCCUGCCCCAGUAAAGCUACCUUCUCCAAAAAUAUUAUGAACAUUAUUGACAUAGUGGCCAUCAUCCCAUAUUUCAUCACCUUGGGCACCGAGCUGGCUGAGCGUCAGGGCAAUGGUCAACAGGCCAUGUCACUGGCCAUACUGAGAGUCAUCAGGUUGGUGAGGGUCUUUCGUAUAUUUAAGCUGUCCAGACACUCUAAAGGACUCCAGAUCUUGGGACAAACCUUGAAGGCCAGCAUGAGGGAACUGGGACUACUCAUCUUCUUUCUCUUCAUUGGUGUCAUUCUGUUUUCCAGCGCCGUGUAUUUUGCUGAAGCUGAUGACCCCAGCUCGGGGUUCAACAGUAUCCCUGAUGCCUUCUGGUGGGCAGUGGUCACCAUGACAACAGUUGGCUACGGUGACAUGCAUCCUGUGACAAUUGGGGGCAAGAUAGUAGGAUCUCUUUGUGCCAUAGCUGGCGUUUUAACCAUUGCAUUGCCAGUGCCUGUUAUAGUCUCAAACUUCAAUUACUUCUAUCACCGUGAGACUGAAGGGGAGGAACAGGCACAGUAUCUACACGUAGGCAGCUGUCAGCAACUUUCUUCUAACGAAGACCUAAAAAAGACAAGGAGCAACUCUAGCCUAAGUAAAUCCGAGUAUAUGGUGAUAGAAGAAGGUGUUAACCAGGCACCUUUCAAACAACCUAACUUCAAAACAGGCAACUGUACCACCAAUAAUCCAAACUGUGUCAAUAUCAAGAAGAUUUUCACAGACGUGUAA